UGGAGAAAUGACUGCACACACUCUUAAAGAACGGAAUAUAGCACGCCAAAGGCACUUUUUACUAGGGUCUCUAUCUGUCCCUGUCCUCUCUCUCUAAACCCAAGGAAGAAAAAUUGUACCCGAGUAUGAGUUAAAGUUUGCACCUUGAAGCCUUUGAGUACUGGUUUGUUAGUUGUAUAGCUUAAUUAAUUUGAUUUUGUUGCUCUCUUUAGCUACAUUUACGAUUUUUAGUAGAAUCAUGAUAGAGGGGAAAAGGUUUUUAUUCUAUGGUGGAAAAGAAGAGCGUUGAGUAGGUGAUUAUUACUUAUUACGGACAUUUUUGUCAUAAUUUGACAAGUGAGUUGAUUUUCUGGAAACUUAUAGAAAGUGUACUGUGCAUUGGUUAAAUGGACCAAGAUUUGAGUUCAGAGUCGAAUCUUCCAUCUGGAUCAAUUGAUAAGUCUAAGGUUUUGGAUGUGAAGCCUUUGAGAUGUCUUGUCCCGGUACUCCCAACUGCACCUGGUAUGUCAUCUGUCUCAAGUCCCCAACCAGCACCCUUUGUAUGCGUUCCACCGACUGGGCCUUUCCCACUUGGAGUCCAACCAUUUUACCCAUUCGUGGUUCCAAGUGCUUCUCAACGCACCCCAUCUAGUGUCCCCAACCAAGCAGCGAAUUUCAGUUUUGGGACCCCUAUACAGUCUCCUGUUCCAUUGAAUUCCUUUAGAACUCCAGCUGACCCAGCUAAUGGGGGCAUGGAGCGAUCUAAUAAGACAACAAAAACUUAUGCAUCGGGAGGUGUAUCUACAGGAGACGGGUAUGCCGACUCUUGGAAUCAGAGUGAUGUGGAGAAUGCCAGUAAUUCAGGAAAACGAAGAAGUCAGCCAAGGAAGAAAAGAGACAGCAAUGACAAUGACGUUAUUGAAACGAUAGUUGAUAACCUCAUUACUUCAUUCAAGCUUAACGGAUUUGAUGAUUUUAGAAGAACCAGUGGUGAUAAGGAGGUAGCUGGUACCAUACUCUUGGUAUUUGAUUUGCUCAGGAGAAGGCUUACCCAAAUUGAAGAAGCAUCUCCAGGCAUUUCUAAACAUCCAAACCUUACGGCUGGUACAGUUUUGAUGGCAAAAGGUUUUCGGACUAAUAGCGGAAAGAGGAUUGGGCAUGUACCUGGAGUUGAAGUGGGCGAUGUUUUCUUCUUUAGAAUGGAGCUGUGUAUAGUGGGGUUACACGCUCCAAUUAUGGCUGGCAUAGAUUACAUGAGUGUCAAACUUACCAUGAAUGAAGAACCUUUGGCCGUCAGCAUUGUCUCAUCUGGAGGAUAUGAUGAUCAGGGUGGUGACGGAAAUGUAUUGAUUUACACUGGCCAAGGUGGAGUGCAGAGGAAAGAUGGGCAAGUAUUUGAUCAGAAACUUGAAAGGGGGAAUCUUGCUUUGGAAAAGAGUCUGCAUAGGGCCAGUGAGGUAAGAGUCAUACGGGGUGUAAAGGAUGUUAACGGUUCAAACGGGAAGAUCUAUGUUUAUGAUGGCCUUUACAACAUUGAGGAGUCGUGGAUAGAGAAAAAUAAGUUGGGAUGCAAUGUUUUCAAAUACAAAUUGAUUAGGAAACCCGGACAACCUGAAGCAUUUACUUUGUGGAAAUCAAUUCAGCAGUGGAAGAAUGGAAAUGCUUCAAGGAGUGAGUUCAUCCUUCCCGAUAUAACUUCAGGUGCAGAGAGUCUGCCUGUCACUCUUGUGAAUGAAGUCGAUGAUGAAAAGGGACCUGCUUACUUCACUUACAGUCCUAUGCUCAAGUAUUCGAAGCCUUUUUCAGCUCCUAAGCCUUUUUCAGGCUGUCAUUGCCUAAAUGGAUGUCAACCAGGCAGUAGUAACUGCCCUUGCAGCCAGAGAAACGGAGGAUAUCUCCCUUAUAUAUCAUCCGGGGUCCUUGUGUCUAACAACUCCUUGAUACAUGAGUGUGGCUCAACCUGUGCAUGUCCUCCUAACUGUAGGAACCGAGUAUCUCAGGCAGGUCUGAAAGUACGUCUGGAGGUUUAUAAAACAAAGAAUAGAGGAUGGGGACUUAGGUCCUGGGAUCCCAUCCGGGCGGGUGGUUUUAUUUGUGAGUAUGCAGGGGAUGUUGAUGAUGCAUCUAAGGUAGGUGAAUUUAGUAAUGAAAACGAAGAUAAUUAUAUUUUUGAUACGACUCGCAACUAUGAACCAUUGGGAGCUGUGCAUGAUGAUUUUAAUGGUUUUGUAAAAGUCCCAUAUCCCCUCAUUGUAAAUGCAAAAAAGAAUGGCAAUGUAGCUCGUUUCAUGAACCAUAGUUGUUCGCCAAAUGUGUUCUGGCAGCCAGUUUUACAUGAAAGUAAUAGUGAGGCAUACAUCCAUAUUGCUUUUUUUGCCAUCCGACAUAUUCCUCCAAUGCAAGAGCUAACAUAUGAUUAUGGGAUGGUUCCAUCCGAGAAAGGAUUGCAUGGAAGAAAGAAGUGCUCCUGUGGGUCAGUGAAAUGCAGAGGCUACUUCUAUUGAUUGUCAAUGCCAAGUACAAUGAUGGUUGGAUCACAAUACUGAUGCCUAUUGCAAAAGGUACACUGUCAACAUAAAGAUGAAUGUCUUUUUGCGUCUGCCAUGCUGAACGUGUUUUUCCCUUAGUUCAUCAGAAGUCGAUGGUAGGAAAGUGCUUGUCUCAAACUGAAAUAUCUGACUUUGCUGGUGUGCGAAUGAAUUAGUGUGUUCUCCAUGACAGAAGCAUUCAAACUUUAACGUUACUUUUGUAAGUUGUGUAGCACAGCUGAAAACUCGAUUAGAUGGAGUUCGUUAAUGUUUUUCGCUUCCUUUAUCUUUUGCAUAUUCGUCUAUCUGAUACUAACUGCAUUUGUCAUU